AACGAAAACCCACCCUUCAUAACCGCUCUCAUUAAUAGAAAUGUUAUGAAUGAUAACAGUAUUACAAGCUAUAUACUUCCACCGUCCCAAAAAGACCUUCCUGUUUCAUUUUUUACGCAUCUCAUAAAACAUUUCUAUCCCGUCUCAAAUGCAAAAAAAACUUUCAAAACGACUUCUACCCACAAUAAAUGAGAAAUACGACAAAAUGAAGUUACUCGAGGGUGAUGAAGCACAGGCCAUGGAGGAGGAAGAAGAAGAAAGGCAGUCCCAAGAAAUCCCUUUUCUGGGCAACAAAACAUCUUUGCGGGCGCGCAUCAAAGCAUUCAUUUUGGAGUACAACAACGAUAAUGGACAUCGAAACAAUUACAAACAGCUCCCCAAAUCCCAGACAGAGUCAUCAGAUGAAGAAGAACCUGCUGAAGUCCUUCCUGGAAACUCGAACAUGGAAUCGGAGACGCUUCAAGAUGAUGAAGACGACGAAGAAGAAGAAGAAGAAGAAGAGAUCACACCCGAGGAAAACCAGAACCUGAUCAAUGAUGAAGACUUUGAAAAUGAGUUGCUUUUGAUAAAGAUCAUGCAGGAUCAUUUAAAUUCCAAUGGAAAUUCAAGAUUAGUAAAGCCUGGAUCUUUUCCUAGUUGCCAUAGCAAGAGAGGGAUGUUUAAACCCCUACAGCUAAGAGACAAAUACAACGAAAUUUGGCAUCACCAGAAAAGAAUAAGUUCGGAUCUCUUGGCGAGUGAUGAUGAUGAGGAGGAGAAAUGUCAUAAAAACGCAGAAAUUGAGGACAAGAAGGAUAGGAGUUGGAGGAAGUUAGCUGCACACAGAAGAAGCUCUUCGUUAAACGAAUCGCUCGAAAGAUAUUCAAGGCUAUAUGAACAUAGUUCUGGGAAGGAACUGAAAUCGAACCCUUCCAAGAGCUUAAAGGCGGUUCCUUUCACAAGAACGCGUUCUUUAUCGAAUGUUGAGUCAAUUUUUUCCCUCCAGAUUGAAACACUUGAUGGUGCUCCGUUUUCGUUUCAUCCCACCGUGGACACAGGGGAAAAAGAUGCAUCUGUUGAUGGAAAUCAAGCAGCAAAAUGUGAUGGUUUCUUGAAUGCAAAUACAGUUGAUGAAACUGAUCAUGACAUGGAAGCAGCCUCGGAUGACAUUAUACUUUCGAAUCUGGAUUCUUCGGUACUUGAAUCUUGUUUCCAAGAGAAAUUAUCAACAGAGGAAGACUAUGGAAUCUCCAGAGAAGCUAAGAUGACAGAUGAUCCAGACCUUAGUUAUGUGAUGGCCAUUCUGGAGUGCUCGGGCUUCACCCAGAACUUCUUCCAUGGAAAAUGGCAUUCAAGAGACCAACCGCUAAGCCCCUCAGCCAUGGAAGAAGUCGAAGCUCGCUGGCAUGACGAAGAAGACAGAGACGAAGACCUCUGCAACCAGCACCACAAGAUGCUGUUUGAUUUGGCGAACGAGGUGUGUGUUGAGAUCUAUGACAGAUCAUUCCCAUACUACCCAGCAGCCUUGUCUCCUUGUUGCAAGAUUCGAUCUCUGCCAACGGGAAAACAUAUAAUCCAAGAAAUUUGCUCCGGCGUUAGUUCACGGCUGAGCUUGGAGCCAGAAAUGAAGCAGACACUUGAGUGCGUAGCCGGCCGAGAUCUUGAGAUGGGCUAUGGUUGGAUGAAUCUGCAGCUAGAGAGUGAGUUUGUGGCACUUGAGAUUGAGGACAUGGUUUUUGAUGAUCUUUUGGAUGAAAUUUCACUUACUCUUUCUUCCUCAAUUGGCUGAUUUUCACACCUUGAUGCAGCCAAAAAUAUAUAGAUACACACACACUUUCUGGACAACACUUGUAGAUGAAUUUAUGAGUUAGGGUGUAUUGUAUAUAAAGAACUGUAGAAUCU